AUGUCUCAAGGUGCUCUGUAUGCUAAUGCCCGUGUCAGAACCAUGGUCCCAAGGGCCUUGAUUCGCCACUUGAAGCUUGACAUCGAUAUUCUGGACCCUGCCCAGGAAGAGGAGAGGUUUGCCCGUGACUUCCCAUGGAAGAAGGUUCCUGCCUUCGCCGGCAAGAACUUUAAGUUGACCGAGGCCAUGGCCAUCAACUACUACUUGAUCAACUUGUCCUCUGACGAGAAGUUCAAGCAGCAAAUGUUGGGUGCCACUUUGGAGGAGCAAGCCCAAGUCAUCAGAUGGGAGUCCCUAGCCAACAGUGACUUGAUCAUGCAGAUGGCCGAGGCUUUCUUCCCAUUGAUCGGUAACGUCCCAUACAACAAGCGUGUUGUCGAUGCUGCUUUGGUCAAGGUCGAGCAAAUUGUCUCCUUGUUCGAGGAGAGAUUGACCCACUACACUUUCUUGGCCUCCGAGAACUUGUCUCUAGCUGACUUGGUUUGCUGCGCUAUCUUCACCAGAGGUUUCGACUACUUGUUCGGUAAGCAAUGGAGAGCUGAGCACCCAGCCAUCGUCAGAUGGUUCAACCACGUCAGAAGCACUGACAUCAUGAAGGAAGAGUACAAGGACUUCAAGUUCAUCGACAAGCAAGUCGAACCACCAAAGACUGAGUCCAAGAAGCCUAAGAAGGCUGAGAAGAAGGCUGAUAAGCCAGCUGAAAAGCCAGCUGCUGAAGCUCCACAACAGGAAAAGAAGCCAAAGCAUCCAUUGGAAGCUCUUGGUAGAUCCACUUUUGUUCUAGAUGAAUGGAAGAGAAAGUACUCUAACGAAGACACCAGACCAGUCGCUUUGCCAUGGUUCUGGGAACACUACAACCCAGAGGAAUACUCCUUGUGGAAGGUCGGUUACAAGUACAACGACGAGUUAACCAUGACUUUCAUGUCCAACAACUUGGUCGGUGGUUUCUUCAACAGAUUGUCCGCUUCCACUAAGUACAUGUUUGGUUGUUUAGUUGUCUAUGGUGAAAACAACAACAACGGUAUCGUUGGUGCCGUUAUGGUCAGAGGUCAAGACCACGUCCCAGCCUUCGACGUCGCCCCAGACUGGGAAUCCUACGAAUACACCAAGUUGGACCCAACUAAGGAAGAAGACAAGGAAUUCGUCAACAACAUGUGGGCUUGGGACAAGCCAGUUGUUGUCAACGGUGAAUCUAAGGAGAUCGCUGAUGGUAAGGUCUUGAAAUAA